AUGUUUAGAGUACCUUACAUUUUUUUCACAGCGAUCUGUCUACAGACCAUCACAGCUAAUUCUAUGGAGGAUGUUAAGACACUGCUGGCAGAUCUGAUGGUGAACUAUUCCAGUGAGGUUCGGCCAGUAAAGGACCAGACAAAGCCAGUAUCCAUUGACGUUGGCAUGACUCUUGUGUCUAUUAAUGAUUUUAAUGAAGUGACCGGAGUUAUCUCGGUGGUUAUUAUUUUGUUUCUUUCUUGGACAGAUGAAAGUCUUGUGUGGAACUCUAGUAGUUAUAACAAUACCACAUCUCUUACAUUUUCACAUGAAAAAAUUUGGGUUCCGAAACUAUUCUUGACUAAUCCAGGAAAAGACUUUAAUCCUAUCAGCAAUGAGCAUUUCAAAAUCACUGCUUAUGCCAACGGUUCCGUUACCUGGAUACCUGGACGUAUUCUUCAGGCAACUUGCCAACCAAAUGUUACCAAAUUCCCGUUUGACUUACAUGAAUGCACAAUUUCCAUCGCACCACAUGGAUAUUAUGGAACACAGAUUUCACUCUUCACAAACGUUUCAACAAUCAGUUUGGAUAUUUACUCAACUAACUCUGCAUGGAAUAUUAUAUCAACUAAAGCCUUUGUCUCCUCUGUAGGUGUAGACAUUGCUUCCUUCACCAUCAAAAUGUCCAGGAGACCGUUAAAUUUUAUGGUUACUGUUGUCAUACCAAUACUAAUGCUAGCACUUGUCAAUCCCUUUGUGUUUAUCCUUCCAUUCAAUUCUGGUGAACGGAUAUCAUACAGCAUCACAGUAUUACUGGCAUUCACGGUGUAUAUGACAGUGGUUAGUGAUAGGAUGCCGGCCUCCUCCGAACCAAUAUCCCAUUUAUCAUUUUAUCUACUUUCAUUGCUUGCUCUAAGUGUUCUCAUUGUAAUUGUGAACAUAUUUCAGAUAAGAGUCUACAAUAAAGAUGACAAUGAGGAACCAGUGCCACGGUGGAUCCAAAACUUUAUUAAGAAUUUCCGUAACAUUUGCAGAAAAGGUAAAGUUGAAACCAAAUCAAGAGAUCCAAAUGAGACCAGAAAAUCUCCAGGCAGAAUGGAAUCCAUAAAAAACCAUGAUGUUAUCCAUUUAGAAUCAAUCGAUCAGUCAGAUUUUGCGGACAGUCAAACUCAUUCAACAGAAAAGAACUAUGAUCAAAUAUCUUUUUCACAGUCGGAAAAUAUUACAUGGCAUACUGUAGCUAAAUAUGCAGACAAGUUUUACUUUACAACCAUCUUGGUUUUCACUGUUAAUUUUUCACUGGCAUACUUUUAUUAG